AUGCCGGAAAAUAGAAAGCGGCCGGUGACGUAUGGUAAAUCGCACUUGAACCGGUCCGAUCCUCAUGCGCCAGGUUCAGAAAACACAGCAAGGUUGUCGUCACGUACCUUGCCCAAUUAUGCAUCUACAGCAUCUGCUAUCCCACCCAAGUCGUCCAUUGGGCCGUCUGGAUCCAAGCGCCCGGCGAAGAAUUUCAAUUCUUCCCCCAUUCAACGGGAAGACGAACGCAGCGUCAUGCCGCGAAAACGAAGAAAGCUAAUAAACGAAGAAACACGCCGAGACCAUGCACGAAAGCAGGUAGACUCGCAGGCGCUUGCAGGAAGCAAUAUACAGGAUAUUGCCUUACGCGACACCAAUGAUGUCCGUUCAAAGACCUCGCAUCGUGACAGCCAUCUAAACGAGAGCGACACUCCCAAAGUCUCAAACUCAGACGCUGCAUAUGACACGGGGCCGUCAACCCAUUAUCUGCAGCAAGCAGAGCAGAUGAGUACCGGGAAUUUUGGGUUGCUGCGCAAGGGUGACGCGACUUACACGCGGAGACGACUGAUCGACUCCUUAGGUUCCGCAGAUGGAGAUCACGCGGCUAACAUUGCUUCUGAUUAUGCCGCUUCUGGAACGGAAUUUCCUGCAACACGUCGGGGAUUGGGGGCUCGUGAUGGGAACUUUCAGCCCGUUCCUCCUACGUUGCAAUCUCCAGCGGUCACAUAUUCGCGACAGCGCUCUUUCCUGAAUGAUUCGGUCAGCGUGGCUGACAAAGACCACCUUACCAGUCCGCUGACCAAAAAGGACCGUACACCUUCUGAAGAUACGACCGAUAACAAACCUGUUCGGAGUAUCCACGAGCUUCGCCGAGCUGGCGAUAACGCUCGUUUUCGGGAAGCCGUGGAUUCACUUUUUGAAGACAUUGAGAAUUCGCAUAACACAGCAUCGGGGAGGUGCUGCGGUCUUGCUGAAUUAUGCGGCAAACUUUUGGAUGCCGAGUUCGUCCAUCGUUUCUCCCAAGAGGGCUUUGACGAACGUCUGGUCAACUGCAUGCCAACCAGUCCGGACGUAGUGUCCGCCUCGCUUGCGCUUAGUGCCUACAAGCUGAUAAUAAGUGGUGGUCAUUCUUCUCGCCCUUUUUCUGAAUAUUUAUGGGAGCAGGCUCUCGAACUGGCGCCCCGACUGUUGGACGUGGAGGACGAUCUCCACGUUUUAGCGCGAGAACCAUCCGUUGGCCUCUCAAAGUCUGCGCAAGUUUCUAUUAGAAGCAUUCGGUCUCAUCUGCUCUCCAUCAUUGGUGCAUCGUCACCAUGCCUAUCACCUCGAUUACUGACACUCGAGUGCACUAAAUCGUCCUUGAUGGUUCUCCGACAAAACGGCCACAUUAUUCGCCCUAUUCCCACAUAUCUACUGAACAAGCUUGUGGAUUUGAUAACGGCUCCUCAAUCAAUGAAUCAAACUCACAUCUUGCAUCUGAUAUUUUCAAUUCUCGAAAACUACUCGGUGAUAUCCGGUUCUUUUGAUCACGAUCAUUGCCGAUGUUUUGAGCGCCUUUCUCAACUUCACAAUUUCCUAUGCUUGGAUAAUGGCAAUCACAAUGAUGAUAUUCCAAUGUCAUACAUUCGGGUGAUAUUAAAUCUCACUAACAAAGAUCCCACAGUCUGCGAGAGCUUCGCAUCCUCGGGGCUCGUCUCUGGGCUCGCUAAGGUCGUUAUUGGAUUCAACAUUUCUAGUGAUGAUGCAGGGUUGAACAAAGUUAUCUUGGCGCUGGGCACUCUUAUCAAUUUAUCACAAGAUACCGAGCAGUCAAAAGCUAUACUCGUACAAUCUGACGGCCAUGCGUCUUCCUUCUUCCAACAGCUUCUGAAACAGUUCACUGGUAGCGUAAACGCUUUGGAUCAGGCACAUUCCGUACCCGAAGUGCAUAGAAAUGUCGUGGCAGGGUAUUUGUCCAUCCUUAUACUUACGGUCUGCCUUGACAAGCGAUCCCGCCUCCUGGUCAAGGACGACCUAGCUGGAGGCACGCUGUCGUUGGUUGUAACAACUGCCGAGAAGUUCCUGCAGUACCAUAGAGAGGUCGAGAAAGAUACUCGAAUUUUGGAGACGUGGGAACAGGGGGAAUUCAGACUCACGGAUCGAAUGGAAAAUAUCAUCAGUCAAAUACGUCGGCUGGGAGGACAUGUUAAUGCGAAAUAG